AUGGCAGAACGCGGUGUUGUACCCGCACAUGGAGAUGAGCGCAUAACUGAAGAAACCUUCGCGCAGUACAAUGCCCCGAAACACACUGAGCUCAUGUCUAGCAUACGGAUGCCGGAGGUUGACAUGACAAGAUUCGAGCUCACUCCCCCCACUAUCCAAAUGUUGAGCGCCAUGGCCUUCCGGGGUAGGUCAAAUGAAGAUCCCAACGCGCACCUCACGAGGUUCAAAAUGAUGUGCCGGUCCAUCAAGAGAGCCGAUCAAGUAACUGAAGAUGCAAUCCGCCUAAUCGCUUUCCCAUGGACAUUGAUCGAUGCAGCGCUCGACUGGCUCUAUGAACUCGAACCGGAUUCCAUUCGUACAUGGAACCAACUAGAGAGUCAGCUCAUGCAAUGCUUCUUCUUCCCACACCGCACUCAAGCCGCCUUGAACAGUAUCCACUCGUUCAAGAAAGAUCAUGGGGAGAGUCUGCACGAAGUGUGGAAAAGAUACAAGGGCUAUCAAAAAUCAUGCCCUCAUCACGACCUCGACAAGAACUACCUGAUCAACACGUUCAUCAGAGGUCUACGGUCGGACACCCGGACAUUGAUCCGAGCCGCCUGCGGAGGAAGUAUUUCUCACAUGUCCUUCACGGAUCUUGAACAACACAUUGAUCAAAUGGCGAGAGAAGAAGAUUCUCCAUUGGAGUCCGUAAGAGAUAUGCCCAGGAGAGAUAGCAAUUCUAAGUUGCAGCAGGUGCUAGACGAGCUGACCGCGCUAAAGACGAAACUCGCUAAUGCAAGCUUUGUCUCAUCCACUAGCACAUCAGGUGUGCAGCAAGGCGAACUUGCUUUGUACGCUGUUGAUGAAGGGAUAGAAGAUGUGAAUUAUGUCGCCAACAACCCCUAUUCCAACACGUAUAAUCCAGGGUAUAGGAACCACCCGAACCUCUCCUGGAGGAACAACAACGUCCUGAACCCUCCGCAAAAUAAUUGUCGGCCAAUGCAGAACCAGAACCAGCGGAUUCCACCAGGGUUCGCCUUUCAGCCGCGGGCCCCACCAAUGCAGAAUCAAGGGCCGAUUCAGAACCAACCAUACACACCUCCGGUUCAGAAUUUUCGAGCACCCGCACCUCCACCGCCACAACAAGACGGUGACUCGGAGAUCAAAGCAAUGUUAGCACAGCUGUUACAAGGACAAAAGACGCAAGAAACGGUGCUACAUAGCCUGAAGAUGGACCAAGAGGAGGUAAAGAAUCAAGUAGGGAGCAUGCAACCUCAAGUGGAUGGGAUGCAGUCGCAUCUAAAAUUACUCGAUAACCAGGUAGCCCAGAUGGCCUCGACGUCCCAGAGACCGAGUGGGUCACUUCCCGGGAUACCUGAGGUCAACCCACGAGAGCAUUGCAAUGCUAUCACUCUGAGAAUUUGCAAGCAACUUGAAGAAGUCACUUCACCGAUGAUGGAAAGGGGGCAAAGCUCCAAAGGCAAAGAGGUCGUGAACGAAGAAGCUGAGGAAGUCUAUGUUCCUCCACCACCAAGACCUCCACCCAUUCCUUUUCCAUCCCGUCUCAAGAAGCAUAACGAGGACCGGCAAUUCGCGAGAUUUGCCGAAAUGCUGAAAAAGCUUGAGAUCACCAUGCCUUUCACAGAAGCCAUCCUGCAGAUGCCGUCUUACACGAAGUUUCUCAAGGACAUACUCACGAAGAAGAGAGUCGUGGAAAAAGAGACGGUAUCGCUCAACACUGAAUGA